AUGGACCAACUAACCGAGGAACAAAUUGCAGAAUUCAAAGAAGCCUUCUCCCUUUUCGACAAAGAUAAUGAUGGUACUAUUACAACUAAAGAACUUGGUACUGUUAUGCGGUCUCUUGGUCAAAACCCCACCGAAGCUGAAUUACAAGAUAUGAUUAACGAAGUAGAUGCUGAUGGCAACGGUACAAUUGACUUUCCUGAAUUCUUAACCAUGAUGGCUCGUAAAAUGAAGGAUACUGAUUCUGAAGAAGAAAUCAAAGAAGCUUUCAAAGUUUUUGAUAAAGAUGGCAACGGUUUUAUUUCCGCUGCUGAAUUGAGACAUGUCAUGACCAACCUUGGUGAGAAGCUUACUGACGAAGAAGUCGAUGAAAUGAUUCGUGAAGCUGAUGUCGAUGGUGACGGUCAAAUUAACUACGAAGAAUUUGUUAAGAUGAUGAUGACCAAGUAA